AUGUCUCAUUCCACACUUGGAUGUCAGAUCGCCCCACGAUAUCAUCACGAAUACGAUUUCAGCUCAUCUAGCGAGUCCGAGCUGGGAAUACAAGCUUCCGCCGCCGCCAGCUCUACUCCUCUGGAGCAGCAGACCACGGGUGUCAAGACUGAGACGGUGCAUGGCACCACCGCCGCUCCCAAUAGGCUAACAACGCUGCAGCGUGGCCGCACAAAGAGUAGCCGCAGGAUCGUGCAAGAACAGGCGCCUGUCGGGUUCUUUCACUCGUCCAUGGCCGGUGUCAGGCUACACGUGAUCAGGCUCUGGCUUCGUACAAAUCUCAUUCUCGCCAUUGCCAUCAUGGCCUUUCUUUGCCUUUUCUGGGGUGCACUGUUUCGUCAAAAUGCAAACGUGGGGGGUCUGAACAUCUCCGUUGUAGACUUCGAUGGCCAGCCACCGUUUACCGGGGUCGCACCCUUCGUGGGUCCGUUUGUCACUCGCACUGUUCGCAGCAUUAUGGAGGAAGAUGGAGUGGUGCCUGGCUACACCUUUGCGUCUCCCGAAGACUUCAACAACAACUCGCUGAACGUACGCAACGAAGUUUACGACUUCCAUGCCUGGGCGGCCGUCAUCAUCAAUUCCAACGCCACAGCAAUGCUCGAUGCCGCAGUGAAACUGGGGAACGCGAGCUACGAUCCCUUGGGUGCCUGCCAGAUCAUCUAUAAUUCGGCGCGCGAUCAAAUUACCACCUCGACUUACAUUGUACCCAGUAUUAACACCCUCCAGAAGCGCGUAGUCACCGAAUUUGGCCGCGCGUGGAUCGCACAUCUUCUCCAGAACAACGUUUCAGUUACGGACAUGCGCCUAGACAUCGCACCCCAAGCUCUCUCUCCCGGCAUUGAGUUCACCGUCAACGACUUGCGCCCCUUUGGACCGCCUAUUGCUACACCCGCGGUUAGCAUUGGCCUUAUAUACCUGA